GAAUGGAGAUCUGGCUCACAACACCACCAGCAUCACCAUCACCACUUCCAGCUGCCAAUCACGUAGUGGUACACGCUUACUCACCCGUGCGCACAGAGGACUCCACUGAUGCCAAGGGGAAAGAGCACCAAGAAUACGUUGUCAAUCCACUGCGCCGAUGGGAUAAUACGCACGGUCAUCGUGUGCACUUUGUGCAUUGCAAACAACCCCAAAGAUAUGGUACACGAAUUUCGCAACAGGAACACCCUCUGGAAUCACACCAAGAAGGUCCACCCUUCUUCACUGGCGACAGCAGCGAGACCGAAAACUUGCGCAAUGCUUUACCGGCACAGCCAAGCAGGCAAGGCUUUAGCAGCGUUCUUACAACUCCAAUUCGAGGCAAAAGGGGUGAACGUCUGGCGCGAUGUGAGGAACUUCCAAAGCUCACAAGACCUCAAGUUCGAGAUUCGAUCACAACUCGCGGCGUGUGACUAUGCUGUUGUGCUUCUCACCAGCGGCGAUUUGGAUAAAUGCUUGUCAAAUAAGGAUGAUCUGUUUGCUUGGGAGUUGCGCACAUGCAUGGAACAGUUUACUGAUAAGACUCACAUGAUCAUGCAUCAAGAAACCUUUGGUCAAAUCGUCAAAGAUGGAAGUUUGACCAGGACAGGGCUGUUGGCUGAAUUGAGUACCGUUUGCGAGAAAAGGGUGAUCCUCAAGUGGGAUACUGAUUUUGAUUUGCAUCUGCUAGCUGAUAAAGUUGUACGAUCCGAUGAGCACUCAAAGAUGGAUGAAUGAAGAAGUAGAAGCUUGUAUGCAUGGCUGAACAGUGAGAGACCUUCAUAGACUGAUACCUGGCACGACUAGAGGCUGAUGCUUGCGCUCUUCCAAAAGCCAGUUGCAGUAUGGGGUCACUUGCUGCACCGCAACACCCCUGGCACAACGAUGAAGAAGUUCAAGGCGCCGCA